AUGCAUGCGCAAGUGCUCAGCUCAGCAGGACAUCUGCCACUCCUAUGCGAAGGCCCGGUACAUGCAGACGGGCAAGUGGACAGGCCCCCUCUCCGAUGGCAUCGCGAAGGCGCUGGACUACGGCGCCUGGGGCGGCGGCGACGUCGAGGCGCCCGGCCUGCCCUCUCUCCCUCGGAGCAUCGUGCAGUUACAUAA